AUGGUGUCCGCCCUCAUCCGGGAUGCCCCGAUUGGGCAAAUCCUGAGAUAUCUCACCAACAACCGCAUCCUCAAAUACCCAGAAGAACUUCCAGACUUCGUAAUACCCGCAGCAUACACCCGCCAUACCCGGCUUCCUAAGCGUCUGGUCUCAGACGCCAGUCGCGACCCAGAAAUCGAAGCAGAGGGCCCUGCAACCGAAGAAGUGUGCGAGCCUGAUCCAGAGAAGCCAUUGGAGGAACAACCAUCAGAACCCGAAGACUCGGCGACCGACUUGGAAAAGAUACAAACAGCGCGAACACAGCAUACGGCGCGGACACAGAUCUCUCGCGUAGGAACACGAACAGCGCUGCACAAGUCAAUCACCCAAGCAGACCUUGAACAGCAGUUCUCCCUAGCAUCGGUAGAGCGGGGCCCCAGUCGCCCAAUCGAGCCCGAGACACUUGACGAUGGCACGAUAUUGGUGGACUGGUACGACACGGACGAUGAGUCGAACCCGCAAAACUGGUCGUUUGGCAAAAAGGCCCUGGUCCUUGGCCUGAUACUCAUGUACACCAUGGGCGUCUACAUGGGCAGUGCAAUCUACAGCCCCAGCAUACCGGGCGUCAUGGCGCGCUUCGGCGUGCAAAUUGGUGCUGCUUCUCUCGGCCUCUCCGUGUACGUGCUGGCCUAUGGCAUUGGACCUCUUUUGUUCUCGCCCCUGAGCGAGAUACCCAUCAUCGGGCGGAACCCUCCAUACAUUGUUUCGUACGCCAUCUUCGUAAUUCUGCUGGUACCCACGGCGCUCGUCGACAACUUCGCAGGGCUCAUCGUGCUCCGCUUUCUGCAAGGCUUCUUCGGAAGCCCGUGUCUGGCAACGGGCGGCGCAACACUGCAGGACAUGUACAGCCUGAUGAAGCUGCCGUACGUGCUUUCGCUGUGGGCCUUUGCCGCAACCUGUGGACCAGCUCUAGGCCCCAUCAUCAGCGGCUUCAGUGUCGCAGCCGAGAACUGGCGCUGGUCGCUGUGGGAAAUGCUCUGGAUGAACGGCCCCAUCUUCCUCGCCCUCUUCUUCUUCCUCCCUGAAACCUCGUCCGCUAACAUCCUGCUCCGCCGCGCCCAACGCCUGCGCCAUCUAACAGGCGACUCGCGUCUCCGCAGUCAGUCUGAAAUCGACCAAGCCAGCCUCUCUCCGCGCGCCAUCGCCAUCGAGGCCCUCUGGCGUCCCUUUGAACUCAUGCUGCUCGACCCUAGCAUCGCCUUUACCGCCGUCUACACGGCAAUCAUCUACGGCAUCUUCUACUCCUUCUUCGAAGCCUUCCCCCUCGUCUACAACGAAAUGUACCAUUUCAACCUCGGCGAGCUCGGCCUGACCUUCCUCUCCGUCACCGUCGGCGUCGUCAUAAGCAUCGCGUGGUACUGGUGGUACAUCUAUACCCGCGUGGAACCCGGCAUCCGGCUGCAUGGUCUCGGGGCUCCAGAGCGCCGUCUGAUCCCCGCCCUCUUCGUCACCUUCCUGGUCCCCAUUGGCCUCUUCAUCUUUGGCUGGACCAGCCGCCCGGAUAUCCACUGGAUCGUGUCCUGCAUUGGCAUCGUCCUUACCACCAUCGGCAUCUUCCUGCUCAUCCAGUGCAUCUUUCUCUACCUGCCGCUCGUGUAUCCUCAGUACGCGGCGAGUCUGUUUGCUGGAAACGAUUUCACAAGGAGUGCGCUCGCCGCUGGUGCAAUUCACUUUUCAUACCCGCUUUUCCAUAAUUUGGGCGUGGGCCGCGGCGUCUCGUUGCUGGCGGGCUUGUCUGCGGGAUGUAGUGCGGGUAUCUACGUGCUAUUCUUCUUUGGGGCCAAGUUGAGGGCUAAGAGUAGGUUUGCUGCCAAGUGAGACUGCCCUUAUAUAUUAUGCAGUUUGAUCGUUGUGCGAUAGGGACGGCGCAUAGGACGGUGCACAAUAUGGCGUUGCGUCUGAUGCUUUGUACUCUAAAUCAGAAAGUUAAUGUAAAAUCAAAUUCCAC